AUGGAUGUACAGCUUAAACAAUUGAAUGGAGUACCGCUAACGAAACCUAUUGCCGACCAAUGGGAAAGGGUGGAAGAAUUUAAAGCAAGACCAGAUGAUCUCCUCAUCGCGACUUAUCCCAAGGCAGGCACUACAUGGAUGCAAGAGAUUGUGGACUCCAUAAUGAAUGAUGGGGAGCUAGAGAAGAACAAGCGCGCUCCCACCCAUGUACGUUCUCCAUUUCUGGAGAUGUUGACGUUUGUUUCUUCAGGGGUAGAUGUUUUGAAUAAUACUCCGUCUCCCCGACUGGUUAAAACUCAUCUGCCAUCUGAACUGGUGCCAAAAUCUUUUUGGGAGCAGAAGUGUAAGACAAUUUAUGUUGCUCGGAAUGCAAAGGACACACUGUCGUAUUAUUUCUUUGAUCUGAUGAACAAGAUUCAGCCUGAUCCCGGGACCUGGGAGCAGUACAUGGAAAAGUUCCUGAAGGGUGAAGUGGCCUGGGGAAACUGGUUUGAUCAUGUGAGUGGCUGGUGGAACGCCAAAGACAAGCACGAAAUCCUCUAUGUGUUUUAUGAAGAUAUUAAGAAGGACACAAAACGAGAGAUACGUAAGGUGAUGAAGUUCCAGAAGAACCUCUCAGAAGAAGCUUUGGAUAAGAUCUGCCACCACACCUCGUUCAAAGCCAUGAAGGAGAACCCAAUGGCAAACUAUUCCACUAUUCCAAAUAUGCUGCUGGACCAGACCGUCUCGCCCUUCAUGAGGAAAGGUGAAGUCGCAGACUGGAAAAAUCACUUCACAGAAUCCCAGAGUAAAAUGUUUGACGAGGAAUACGAAGAGAGAAUGAAAGGAACCGACCUGAAAUUCCGUACCAACAUCUGAAGAGGAAUUUUUGGAGUCUGGAGAUGAUACAGAAAA